GUUGCAGAGAAAGUUGAUGGGAAUCAGCAUCUACCUAAAUGUACAUUCUCAUGAUAAUGCUUAUAUAAAGCCAUGUUCCUCAAACAACCAAUUCCACCACUUCCUUUAGCUUACUAGUCUCUUGUCUUCUCAGGUGUUUAGAGACUUAUAUAUAGAAAGAUGAGCUGGACUGGAGGAGACUGGCUAUGUGGGGCGUGUCAGCACGCAAACUUCAAAAAAAGAGAAGCAUGCCAGAAAUGUGGAUACCCCAAGUUUGGAGGGGUAGAUGUGUCAACGUACUUGUACAACAGGACUGAGGUUUUGGCUGGUGAUUGGUAUUGUGGUGCAUUGAAUUGUGGGAGCCACAACUACGCAAGCCGCACAAGCUGCUAUCGAUGUGGAAUGAUCAAAGUCGAGUAUACAGAUCAGUACUACGGAGCUCAAAUGGUUGCUUACGGGAAUGAUGCCGGAGCUUGUCCUCCCGGCUGGAAAACUGGCGAUUGGGUUUGUCCAAGGGUCGGUUGUGGGGUCCAUAACUACGCUAGCAGGGCUGAAUGCUUCAAAUGCAAGACAACAAGAGAUUACGGUGGCGUCUAAAUGGAAAAGAGGAUCACCAUUUUAAUUGUAACUGUAAUUGUCACGUAUUUUCAACAAGUGUUACCAGUUUCUAACAUGCAAGAAGCCUUCUUACGUUGAAUGAUAAUUCUUCAAUUUUGUGCAAAA